AUGGCAUGGCUCAAUUCCCCUGCUGUAGAGUUGGCUUUUUCGCUCAUCUUCCUCUGGACUAUAUACAGAUUUGUGACAACGAGGAAGAGCAAGAACAACCAGGGGGAGUUGGGAUUGCCACCAGGGCCACGGCCAUGGCCAGUGAUAGGCAAUCUCCAUCUUUUGGGACGCCUUCCUCACAAGUCUCUUGCUGAACUGGCAAACAAGUACGGGCACAUCAUGUUCCUCCGCUGGGGUUCGGUACCCACGGUUGUGGCCUCUUCACCUGCCAUGGCCAAAGAAUUUUUUAAAAACCACGGUCUGAUCUUCGCAAACAAGCCACCUUCAGCGACGGGCAGAACUUACUCUGACCAUGAACUCGGGGGAGGGAAGUGGUUUUUACAGAUGGUGGCUGAAAUUAUGCAUCUCUCAGGAGUAAUUGUUGUAGGAGACUUCAUUCCCUCUCUCGCCUUUCUGGAUUGGCGAGGCUACUGUCGCCGCAUGCAGGAUGCUCGUAAGGUAUUCGAUGAGUUUUUUGACAAGCUCAUCAAUGAGCACGUUGAGCGGAGAAGGUCGAAAAAGUCGGACGAUCCGGACAUUGUGGACGUGCUGCUGGACAUGGCUGAGAGCGAAACUGCCGAGAUACAAGUCUCUCGGAUUCACAUGAAAGCAAUCAUCAUGGAUAUGUUGAGUGCUGGAGUAGAAACAUCUGCCACAACUAUAGAAUGGGCAAUGACUGAGAUGCUGAGAAACCCUCAAGUAAUGGCAAGGGCACAACAAGAGAUUGAAUUAGAGGUUGGGAGAGAUCGCAUCGUAAGAGAGAGUGAUCUGGUAAACUUAGACUACUUGCGAUGUGUUGUGAAGGAAACACUUCGAUUACAUCCACCAGCGCCCUUGCUCAUACCACACGAGUCCACGCAGGGUUGCAAUGUUGGAGGAUACUACAUCCCACCAAAAACAAGGUUGCUUGUGAAUGUUUGGGCAAUUGGAAGAGAUGAAAGUGUUUGGGAAGAUCCUUUAGAAUUCAAGCCCGGAAGAUUUAUUGGCUCAAGCAUAGAUGUUAAAGGCCACCAGUUUGAAAUGUUGUCUUUUGGAACAGGAAGGAGACAAUGCCCUGGGAUUGCCAUGGGGCUUUCUGUUGUUCACUUGGCUGUGGCUCAGCUCAUACAUUGCUUUCAUUGGAGUGUGGAGGGUGAUUUGGAUAGGGAUGAAGAGUUUGGAUUGACCGUGCCAAGGAAGUUUCCUAUCUUUGCUCUUCCCUCCUGGAGGCUCACCACUAACGAGCCACCAUAACAUUGGAUGUAUAGUUGGGACAGA